GGACGCCCCGCACCCCGCUCUGCCCGGGAGACCCAGGCUCCUCGCUCACCAGGAGUCACCGCGGCCGGUCCUGGCUGGCGCGGGGGGUGGCGGGGGGUUGGGGGGACACGACCGGGAUUUUCCUAAUCUUCACCCGGCGUCCCCCGGCCCCCGAAACUGUGUUGCUUUCGGACCCCAUUCCUGCUGCCGGCCUCUCUUGCAUGGAGUCAGGCGUCGGAGAGGGUCUGGGGGCGCCGCGGCCUGGCCCCCGCCCCGCCCGCAGCCCCGCUCCUCCCCGCCGCCCCACUUGCGGCCCCGCCGGCAGCCGCGCAGGGACAGCUGCAUUUCUCGCCGCCCGCCGCUAGGAAACUGGCCUCGCCUCGCAUUCUCCGCCUCCCGCGCCCCAGCCGCGCCGCCGCGCCGGGCCCGCCGCCGCCGCCGCGGGAUCGCGGCCCCUCCCCCGCCCGCCGGCCCCACCGGCCCGCGGGGAGCGGACGCGCGUGGCGGCUGCUCGGUGGGACCGUCCGUCCGUGGAGCCGGCCCCAGGAUGCCCCGGGGGUGUGGAUGACCAGCCGUGAAGCCCCACCCGGCCCAGGCCCGGAUGCCGCCGCCCAGCGAAGACCACUCGCUGAGGGCCGCCAGUGGCCCCGCGCCCUAGUCUCCUGACCCAGGGACCUCGCGCGUGCGGUUCCCGCCUGGCCGCCCCGGGGGAGGCGCGGGAGUGAGCUUCCCGACCCGCCCCGCCGAGCGAGGGCGACGGCGCAGGGAGCGGCCCCGGGGGAAGGGGCUCGGGCCGCCUGGAAACAUUCUCCCGCAGCGGCUCGGCAGGAUGACCAGCCUGUUCCGCCGGAGCAGCAGCGGCGGCGGCGGCGGCGGCGGGGGCGGCGGGGCGCGCGGGGCCGAGGGCAGCGCCGCGGCCGCCGCGCAGGAGCUCAACAACAGCCGGCCCGCGCGCCAGGUGCGCCGCCUCGAGUUCAACCAGGCCAUGGACGACUUCAAGACCAUGUUCCCCAAUAUGGAUUACGACAUCAUCGAGUGCGUGCUGCGCGCCAACAGCGGCGCGGUGGACGCCACCAUCGACCAGCUGCUGCAGAUGAACCUGGAGGCCGGGGGCGGCAGCGUCUACGAGGACAGCUCCGACUCGGAGGACAGCAUCCCCGCGGAGAUCCUGGAAAGGACUUUGGAACCUGAUAGCUCCGAUGAAGAGCCGCCCCCUGUGUACUCCCCACCGGCCUACCACAUGCACAUGUUCGACAGGCCUUACCCUCUGGCCCCCCCCACCCCGCCUCCCCGCAUCGAUGUCCUGGGCUCUGGACCCCCUUUGAGCCAGAGGCGCUAUCGAAACUGGAACCCACCACUGCUGGGCAACCUCCCCGAUGACUUUCUCCGCAUCCUGCCCCAGCAGCUGGAUAGCAUACAGGGUAACCUCGGGGGCUCCAAGUCCGUGAGUGGAGAGGGAGGCCUACCCCCUGCAGCCGGACCUGGGCCCCGGGACCAGGAGAGCCGCUGGAAGCAGUACCUGGAGGACGAGAGGGUCGCGCUCUUCCUGCAGAACGAGGAGUUCAUGAAGGAGCUGCAGCGCAACCGCGACUUCCUCCUCGCCCUGGAGAGAGAUCGAUUGAAAUACGAGUCCCAGAAAUCCAAAUCCAGCAGCACAGCUGUGGGCAAUGACUUUGGCUUUCCGUCUCCUGCCCCAGGAACCGGCGACGCCAACCCUGCUGUGUCUGAAGAUGCCUUAUUCAGGGACAAGUUGAAACACAUGGGAAAAUCCACCCGGAGGAAGCUGUUUGAACUGGCCAGGGCCUUCUCGGAGAAGACCAAGAUGAGGAAGUCAAAGAGGAAACACUUGUCGAAGCAUCAGUCGCUGGGGGCUGCAGUGUCAACAGCCAAUCUCCUGGACGACGUGGAGGGCCACACGUGUGAUGAAGACUUCCGGGGAAGGCGACAGGAGGCGCCCAAGGUGGGGGAAGCCGUAAGGGAAGGACAGUAAGAGAUGCCAGCAGUUCCUCCUUGCCGGAGAAGAUCUGACCCGGCAGAGGCAGCCGGAGAGCAAAACCGGCCCCCAGCUGAAGAGCCAGCUGCAGCUGGACAGAUGGUGCUUGAGUGCCGAGGCCCAGGGAUUCUCCGGCCACAGUCCAGCCCAGCCACUGCCACUGCCACUUUCCAUGGGACUUGGAACUUCGGAGCUGUGUGCUGUGACUGGAUGAAGGACCUGGGGGGCGGCAGCCAUCGACAGCCCCUUUUGUAGCCAGGCUGUUCUAUGGGCAAUGAGUGGAAAUGCAGGAUCCAACCUCCAACCCUCCUUCUUAAAAAAAAAAAAAACAAAAGUCCCAGAAAACAGGCAAAAAUUGGAGUGCCCGAAAGGGCAGGAUGACCCUACCAGAGGCUCUUUUGCCUGAAGGUAGAGCCCCUGCCCUUGCCCAUCUCUCCUGCUGAGCCACGGACACUGCCUGGUCCCCACCCACCCCUGACCCCAGCACCCUCUGGGCACCUUGGGCCCUUUAUUCCCACGGCCUCCUGCAUCUCAGCCUUUCCUGGGGCCGCUAACCCUCAGCACAACCCCUGCACAGAGCUCUUGGUGGGGGAGCCCUGGGCAGUCACUUGGGCUCCCUCUGAGGAGUGAUGGGCCCCCGAAGAGAGGUAUCUGCUGACUGCCCUGCCUGGGCCCCUGUGGCUGCCUCCGUUAGGGGCUGGCUAGGGCCCCCAGCAGGGAUGGGGAGGGUGGCCACCCCGGAGCUGGAGGACUUUGGCUAGGCAGGGGGAGUCUUUGGCAGAAGACAAAAGCCAGUUCUGGAUGGGACCUUGAAGUCACACAACAGUGAGGCUCACAGGAGCUCUGACCCCCCCCUGGCUGGACUAGAAGUUCUUCUGCCACUAAGGGUGGGCAGCAGCGGGUUCUGAAGUGAUCCUGGGGAAGGUGCAGGACUGAGAAGCAAGGUGAAGAGGCUGCCAGCCUGGGUGGGAGGCCUGGGGCAGAAGGGCUUGCUGGGUGCCCCUUGCCGAGAGAGCGCGACAAGGUGAAAGAUCCGAGGAGGAAAACUCUCGGUUCUACAGA